AUGUACAUAACAGCUGCUUUUCUCCCCUUAUCCAUAGAUCCAGUAAUUUCAUCAAAGAAAACUUACUGUCUUAGUGAGGAGUGCUUUGCCCUUGGUAAAUCCAUGCUGGCUGUUCCCUGUCACUUUUUUAUCCUUCAUGUGCUUGGACAGGGCUUCAAGGAGGAUUUGCUGCAUAACCUUCUUAUGGACUCAGGUUGCAGAGCACUUCUGUAUUUAAAUCUGUCGUAUACAGAUAUUACUAAUGGAACAGUAUGACUAUUGUUAAGGAUUGUGGAUAGGUGUAUUGUCUUCCCCAAUUUACAGUAUCUGAGUUUAGCUCACUGCAGAAAAUUCACAGACAAAGAUUUACUGUACCUGGGCUCUGGAAAAGGCUGUCACAAGCUCAUCUAUUUGGACCUUUCAGGUUGCAUUCAGAUUUCAGUUGAUGGCUUCAGAAAUAUUGCCAGUGGCUGCAGUGGGAUUCAAGAUCUGCUGAUCAACAAAAUGCUAACUCUUAUGGACAGAUGUAUUCAGGCUGUGGUUGAAAAAUGCCAACAGAUAAUGUCUGUUGUUUUUCUUGACUCUCCACAUCUUUCUGAUACAACUUUUAAAGCCCUUGCUGAAUGUAAACUUGUCAAGGUCAGCAUUGAGGGGAAUAACCAAAUUACUGGUUUAAGUUUCAAGUUGAUGAGCAAAUGCUGCCCAUACAUCAGGCACAUUCAUAUGGCUGAUUGCCAGAAGAUUACAGAUGCUGGUCUUCAGAUGAUUUCACCAUUGAAGCAUAUUCUUGUACUGAAUGUAGCAGACUGCAUAAGAAUCAGUGAUGGAGGUGUAAGGCCAUUUGUACAAGGUCCUUCAGGAGCUAAGCUAAGAGAGCUGAACUUGAGUAAUUGUAUUUGUGUCACUGAUGCUUCUGUCACAGAAAUAGCACACAGAUGCCAUUAAUUGACCUAUCUAAAUCUGCGUUACUGUGAAAAUGUGACUGAUGCUGGAAUGGAAGCCUUGGGAAAUAUGUUUAUUGAUAUCUCUGGAACCAGAAUUGACCAAAGUUUUAAUCUCCCUAUUGUCUUGAACAUCGGGAUUGUUCAUGCACCUGUGAGUAUGACUGCACCAUUUCGGGUGUUGUCUUGCACCAUAGCCGUAGCCAUAAAGCCCUUACUGGGCUUGAGAGCCCUUGGCUGCCAUGGAAAAAUAAAGGAACUUUCUAUAUCAGAAUGCAGUAAUAUCUGUGAUACUGGAAUUCAGGAGUUCUGCAAGGGCACAAAAUACCUGGAACACUGCUGUGUCUCUUACUGCCCUCAGCUGAUGGAUGAAGCUGUGAAAGCAUUGGCAUUUCACUGCCACAGCCUAACAGCUGCCAACAUAGCAGGUUGUCCACAAAUGACUGAUACCUGUAUCCAAUACUUGGCUGCAGCCUGCCAUUACCGCCACUCCUUGGAUGUCUCGGGUUGCAUUCAUCUUACUGACAAAGCACUGAAAUAUCUUUGGAAAGGUUGUAAGCAACUCCAGAUUCUCAAGAUGCUGUACGGUAGAAAUAUUACCAAGUAA